UAAUGGCUAAGUAAGAUGCUGGAAAAAACAACAAGAGAGACAGAAGUCCUGUGGCUGUAACUAUAUUUUAUUAUAUCUCAGGAAAUGAAAAUUUGGUAAGAAGCUGUAAGAAAGGAGAAUCAACAUCUCAAAGUUUAUGAACAUUUUACCAUCAAUCCACAUAAACGUAUAUGAAACAGUUAUUUAUUAGUAUACAUUAUCUAAGAAAAACCUAACAAUAGCAUUAUGUUAUAAAAACAUCUUGAAAAAACAGGAGCUGUUUAAAAACCAGCAUUUGAUGUCAAUUAAAUAACAGAUGAUUCACCACCUUUAGAAAGUAAUAUAAUAUUUAUAAUCAAUAAGAGGACAUAAUUGAUAAAUUAAAUACAAUGAAUAGAACUCCUCGUUAGAAAUAUUAAUUUCCAUAGACUUCCAAUCAAGAAUUAGGAUGGCAUUCAGUUGUAAUAAAUUGACUAAAUCUAAUUAGAAUUCUCACAGCCUAUCUCCAUCAAAAUUCACUUAUCCUAGAAAACUAUGCAAAGAAACAAACUAUGCAAAUGAUUACUUUACAAUGAAUAAAAUAAGUCCAUAUUCUAAUAAGUUUAAAUGAGUCAUAUUUAGAUAUGUUAUAU